CAAUCAUAUUAAACAAGCUCACGCCUGCGCAGUAGACUGCUGCUGUCGCUCUCGCAUCGCAGGUGUCAACAGAGUCAGUGAUCCUGCCGCAGCUGCGAGAGGGGAACCUACCUAUCCCAUUGAAUAUACCAGUCCAUCAGAGCGGGCAGCAGUACAGAUCGGACGGCCUAAAAAUGAUCGAAUGAGACCUUGAGCUCGUCUCUGUUGCCAGGGCAGCUUUACGCGGGGAAGAGCGGGGCAGCUAGCCGCGGUUGUCCGGACUUGCGGAGCGUCUUCAGCGGGGAGCGCUGCUGUUCUGCUGCUAAAAUGUUCGUUCAAGAGGAGAAGAUCUUCGCAGGCAAAGUCCUGAAGGUCCACGUCUGCACCAUGGAAGGCGCAGAGUGGCUGGAGGAAGUCACGGAAGACACCACUAUAGAGAAACUCAAGGAGAAAUGCCUGAAGCAUUGUGUCCGUGGAAGUUUAGAAGAUCCGAAAACACUUACACAUCACAAACUCAUCCAUUCUGCCACUGAGAGAAUUCUCACCGAAUCCAAAACAGUUGCAGAGGAAAAUCUUAAAGAUAAAGAUUGCUUGUUAUUGAUUAAGAAAAGGCCACCACCGGCUCCACCAAAAAUGGCUGACGUAUCUGCAGAAGAGAAGAAGCAAGAGAACAAAGCUCCGGAUAAGGACGCCAUCCUCAAAGCCACAGCAAAUCUGUCCACUCGCAACACUGACCGUACAGUAACUCAGCACAACAUUAGAGAUUUUCAGACAGAACUGAGGAAGAUUCUGGUCUCACUUAUUGAGGUGGCUCAGAAACUGCUGGCUUUGAAUCCAGAUGCUGUUGAACUCUUCAAAAAGGCCAAUGCCAUGCUGGAUGAGGAUGAGGAGGACCGGGUGGAUGAAACAGCCCUGCAACAGCUGACUGAGAUGGGUUUCCCUGAGAGUCGUGCAGUGAAGGCUCUGCGCUUAAAUCACAUGUCUGUGACCCAGGCUAUGGAAUGGCUGAUUGAGCAUGUAGAUGAUCCCAUGGUUGACACACCUCUACCUGGACAGGACACCCCAGGGGCGGCAGCCGCAGCCGCCGCUGCUGCAGUCCCAGUCCCAGCCCUAGGUCCCUCCACCACAGCUUCAGGUGUCCAAGGCCGUCUCAUCACCCAGUCCAGCACAGAGGAGGCCAAACAGGAUGAGCUGAUAGAAAUCUUCAAAAGGAUCAGAAGGAAAAGAGAGUUCAGGCCAGACUCACGGGCAGUUAUUGCGCUGAUGGAGAUGGGUUUUGACGAGAAGGAGGUUAUUGAUGCACUCCGUGUCAAUAAUAAUCAACAGGAUGCUGCUUGUGAAUGGCUGCUAGGUGACAGAAAGCCCACCCCUGAGGAUCUGGACAAAGGCAUUGAUACCAACAGUCCCCUGUUUCAGGCCAUUCUGGAAAACCCUGUGGUACAGCUUGGUCUCACAAAUCCCAAGACUCUCUUAGCGUUUGAAGACAUGCUGGAAAACCCGCUGAACAGCACGCAGUGGAUGAAUGACCCUGAGACGGGUCCUGUCAUGCUCCAGAUAUCCCGGAUCUUCCAGACACUCAACCGCACGUAAAGCACACCUAAUAACUGGAGCGGUCCGAACUAGGGGAAAAAGAUAAUCAUUUGUAAGAGAAGUGUUUGUGCUUGUGUGUGCUUGUGUGUGCUUGUGUGUGCUUGUGUGUGUGUGUGUGUGUGUGUGUGUGUGUGUGUGUGUGUGUGUGUGUGUGUGUGUGUGUGUGUGUGUGUGAGCGUGUAUUUAUCACUUUGUGGGGACCAAAUGUCCCCAUAAGGAUAGUAAAACCCGAAAGUUUUGACCUUGUGGGGACAUUUUGUCGGUCCCCAUGAGGAAAACAGCUUAUAAAUCAUAUUAAAUUAUGUUUUUUGAAAAUGUAAAAAUGCAGAAUGUUUUCUGUGAGGGUUAGGUUUAGGGGUAGGGUUAGGUUUAGGGGAUAGAAUAUAAAGUUUGUACAGUAUAAAAACCAUUAUGUCUAUGGAAAGUCCCCAUAAAACAUGGAAACACAAUGUGUGUGUGUGUGUGUGUGUGUGUGUGUGUGUGUGUGUGUGUGUGUGUGUGUGUGUGUGUGUGUGUGUGUGUGUGUGUGUGUGUGUGUGUGUGUGGCAUGACUAUUGUUUUAAGUGGAAACUUCACAGAAGAUGAAUGUAAAAAAAAACAAAAAACAUUGAUGACAUUUUCACAUCAUAUUAUACAAAGGAAAAUAUCUAUUUUAACUCUACACAACACUUGUAAAAAAAUAUAUGUAAGCAGUAACUUAAGGAUAAAUUGCUAACUUCAUGAUUUAGUUCAUGUUUUAAUAAUAUCUGUUUUUAAUUAUAUUUAGCACAUAGUUUAUUUUAUAAUAAUUCACUAAUUGGCCAUCUAAAAGGAGAAAAGAGAAUUUCAAUCAUACACUUUUGUAUGAUACUUGUGCUGAAAGAUCAAGUUACAACCAAUUUAUUUAACACAUUUAAAUGGUACCUUUUGUCAUAGUUUAAAGGAAUAAUUCACCCAAAAAUGAAAAUUCUCUCAUACAUUUACCCUCAUGCCAUCCCAGGUGUAUUUUACUUUUUCUUCAACUGAACACAAAUAAAGAUUUUAAGAAGAAAGUCUCUGCUCUGUUGGUCUUUACAAUGCAAGUGAAUGGUGGCCAGAACUUUGAAGCUUAAAAAAGCACAUAAAGGCAGCAUAAAUGUAAUCCAAACGACUCCAGUGAUUUAAUCUAUAUCAACAUUUUCAUACAUAUUCAGAAGUUAUAUGAUAGAUGUGGGUGAGAAUCAGAUCAAUAUUUAAGUCGUUUUUUAAAUCUUCCACUGCUUUUGUUUUUAGUUAUUUGUAUUCUUCAUGCAUAUAGCCACCUACUGGGCAGGGAGGAGAAUUUAUAUUAAUAAUGUAAAUAUUAAUCAAUUAAAUAUUGAUCUGUUUCCAACCCACACCUAUCAUAUCGCUUAUGAAGUUAUGUAUUUAACCACUGGAGUCUUAUGGAUUACUUUAUGCUGCCUUUAUAUGCCUAUGCUUUAUAGGACCUUAAAAGUUCUAGCCACCGUUCACUUUGUAUUGACCUACAGAGCUGAGAUAUUCUUCUAAAAAUAUUAAUUAUGUUCAGCAGAAGAAAGAAAAUCAUACACAUCUGGAAUGGCAUGAGAGUGAGUAAAUGAUGAGAGAAUUUUCAUUAUUUGGUAAACUAUCCCUUUAACUUUUCUGUAGGGAGAUAAAUCAUGUCAGUUCUGUUUUAUUAUUGGUUCAGAGAUAAAAGAUUAUUAGUUCCCUCCAAAAAGCAUGAAUGUACUUUUGGGGGAAAAGGGAACCACCAGCAAAUUUUGGCAACUCAUCAUUUGAAGACCAUCAGAGAUUUGUGGUUUCAUUAACACUACAAACCUUUCUGUGACGUUGUGGUGGAUGAUGCAAAACCAAUUUGUGGACAUGUAAUAGAUAUUGAAAUUUAACCUGAUCCCUUUGUUUCUCUUACCUUCUUUAUUCUUUUGAUCUUUUAUACGGACGAUUCAGGUUGAAUCUGUCAAAAUGGACUUGCGUCUGUUUCAAUUCUAUCAGUUUAGUCUUUAGGAGCUGUACAGAGAGUACAAAGAUGGUAUGCUUAUGGUAUGAGUACUGGACAGUUACCUUAGUUUGCUCUUUGUAACUCCUGCAUCAGGGAUUUUCAAGUGAAGUGUUACCUUUAUAUUCACUAUCAUGAUCUGCACAUGUUUAAUGUGAAUCUUACUUUACAUGAUUACAGGAGGGUGGAUGGAUCUUUUUUUUAUUUUGUGAAAAUAAAAAGAAAUAUCUUUCAUAAAUUGGUAUUACUUAAUCAGUCCCUUUGCAUUUUUGCAGUCUGUUCAAGUCGGUUGUGUUUUAUUACAAUAUGAAUGAUAUACAGUAUGCUCUAAAUGUCACGUCACUCACUAGUCUUUGCAUUGGAAAUUCAGACUGCAAUCAAAGUACACAACAUUGUUAUGUAAAGCUUCACUCCAGUACUCCAUUAUUUUAAGUUGAAGCAGAUGUUUAUAUUGAAAUUCCUUGUCUGUAGUGAAAUGCAGAGGCAUAAUUUGCUGUGGGUGGAAAUCUUUAAUUUGUGCUCUCUUUGAUAUAUUUGUGCUUGGAUUUUGAAAGAAGAAAUAAGUAAUUUAACAAUUCAGUCAGACUCUAGAUUAAAAACAUUAUUUUAAUGUUUCUGAUAUUAAUUAAAAAAUGUUUUUGUACAUUUUGAUUAACAUCUCUGAUAAAUAUAUUACGGAAAUGCUGUCAUACCAAACACCAUGUUUAGAAUAAUAGACAAUUGUGUGAAUUAUAUGAACUGUGCUUUUUUUUCUUUUCUUUGUUUGGCCGAGCUUGGAGUGUUUCCAUUCAUUAUUUGAAUCGUGUUGGUUUGAAGUGUGUGCUCAGGGGUUUCUUAGCCAUACCUGGCAAAUAUCUGCUAUAGUAAUGCCUUCUUUAUCAAUAAAAAUAAUAUUAGUUUAGUGAUUGCAUUAUCUGAUAACACUAUGAAUAUAUCUGGAAUACUCUUUAAACGAAAACAUACUAUCCUUGUAUGCUAUUUAUUUUGAGGCCAAAUAUAAUCAAUCAUGAAACCGUUAUAAGAAAGAUUGUCAUUAUUGUCCAUCAUUAUAUACAGUUCUUAGAAGACCUCAUCCACUGAAUUAAUGGACUAUUUUCACUUCACUGUCUGAAUGACUUUUAAUGUAUUUAAAGGAUGAUGUGUAACACACUGAGCAUUUGAAAUCAGACCAAGUUAAAUAUAUAACAUUUUUAAUCUUAAUUUUAGGUUAAGAUAUGUAGUUUAUAUUGUUUUGGAGGACUAGUCAAUACAAGCUUCUAUGCAAUGCAAAUUUUUUUCCCUGUUGCUUCAAAAGAAAAAUCACAGGUUUCAGUAUCACAAUUAAUUGAAUAUGUAGUAUUUGAUGUACACAUUCAGACUGUAUCCUUUCUUGUAUUUGAAUCAAAUUUGGGUUGCAUUAAGGGAAAGCUCAGAAGACUAGACAGAGCUUAAGGAUUACAGUAUUUAAAAAUUUUGUUUUUAAGAUUGAUGUUCAUUCAUUUUCUUGAUUGAACAUGAUCUGUUUUUGGAACCUAUUCUUUCAUUGUGUUAAUGCCAGUUACUGAAAGAUCUUGAAAUAAUCGUUUGCUAAGUUUCAGAUAUUUUUAUUUUUUUUCUCUCAUUAAAAAAAAAUAUCUUGAAAGACUGGUGGUGUUAUGUUAUCAUUUUAACUUUUAGCUAAGUGUAAAUGCAAUUUCAU